AUGAAGCAACGCUUUCUGGUGCUUCUGCUGCUGAUUCUGGCGCUGGCGACUCUGCCGAGCCUGACAUCCGUAAACCAUCUGCAGAAUGCCCCGAGGACGAUCUGGGCAACGAACAGCAAACACCAGGUGCGACGGCUCACCCACAGAGAGCGCGUGCAAAAUCGAAUGGAGAGGAGAAGGGAGAAGGCUGACUUCUCCGAGACGACCGGAGCACUGCCAGAUCCCCGCCAGAUCAUGGACAAGUUGCGCUACAUGGCAGAAGGCCAUGUACUGUAUGCUGACGGAGCUGCGCAGCAUGUGAUCGAAGAUUACCUGGAUGCUGGCGGAAGGUCGCCCACUUUGGCUUUCGAACUGGCCCUCCGCGCUUGCGCUCAAAAGGGGGACGAAAAUGAGAUCAAUUCUCUCCUUGACUCGGCUGAGCAUGCAGGAAUGGACCGAACACAAAUGCUCGACUCCCUCUUGCAAGACUUCUCCAAGAUUGGUCAAGAGAAGGUCGCGGAGUCCUUGUACGAAGGCAUGUCUCCGAGUCCUAGACGCUUCGGCUACCUCCUGCAGUCAGCCAUCAAGAGCAAGGAUAUCACGGGAGCGUGGUCAUGGAUCAAAGAGCAUGACAAGGCAGGAUUCACCAUCGACCCCGGCCAUUUCAAUUCUUUCAUCAGACUCUGCGUCCGGAAAGAAGGCGUUGCUCGCACGGAACGGCGCUUCGAAGAGCUGCUUGAGUUGAGGUUCUGCCCAGACGACACCAGUUUCGGUAUGCUGAUGGAUGCCUAUGCCAAGAAGGGCAACGUCACUGCAUGCUUGCGAUGGUUGGACAAGAUGGAGGCAUUCGGGUUGACCCCGGGCUCCAUGCACUACGGUCAGAUACUGAAGGCAUGCGCGAAGUCUCCUGGGAAGCACUCCUUCGAAGCCGAGCGAGUGGUGCGAUCAAUGCGAAGCCAUCAGAUAUCCCUGACCCAGGUGGACCGAUGGCAUUUGCUGGAAGCAGUUGGGCCGGAGCGCUUCAAGAAGGCUUGCAAGUCGAUGGGCCUCUGCACGAAGCUCCCGAAGCUGAAAAGCGAGCUUUCUCAGCGGCCCCAGGCCGACCCAUCGGUCAUCGGCAAGGAGACAGCGAGCACAGCAGCACCGAAGGAGGAGGCCUCGAUGUCCUCCGCAGCGCGAGGUGAGGAAAUUGAGGAGGAGGACCCACCCUACACUCAAGUUUCCUUCUUUUCUGACAGCAGCAUGAAAGACUCCAGCCAGACGUUGACGAGGAGACGAAAUCCCACCAUCCUACCGCUCUCCGGCACAACGCUCGGCCCAGAGGCAGAUGCGACUGCGAACGCGUCUUCAGCACUGUCUGAGACUGUUUGUACAUGGGGCAAGUUUGUGCUGGUCUGGCUAUGCAUGAUUCUGAUCGUCGCGCUACGUGGCGGGCAUGGUCAUUCCAUCGUGGCGAUCAGCAGUUGCUCAUGGGAGUACUGGCUCGUCACCGGCAUCGGAUUUCUUGUGCUCAUCAUCUUUGGCGCGCUAGCACAAAGACCAGAGGCUCCUUGGUAUUUGUGCCUCGUUGUGGGAGCCCUGAGUGCCGUCGUCGGCAUUGGCGGAGCCAUCGUCCUGAACCCGAUGAUGGUAAAGAGGGGCAUCGAGGUGCCUGCUGCAACUGCCACAGCAUCCUUGAUGGUGCUGGUCAUGAGCUCCUGUAGUACCUCGCUCUUCGUUCUGGGUGGCUUCGUGCCGCUUUUGCCGGCAGUCACAUUUGGGAUCGCAUCCUUCCUCGGAUCCUUGUGUGGAAAGACGGUGGUGAGUGUUCUCGUCAGCUGGACCGGUCGAACGUCCUUGCUGGUCAUCCUGCUUUCAAUCUUUAUCGCGGUGUCCGGCAUCACGGUGUUGUGCCAGGGCGUACUGCAAACCGUUGAAGACUUCCGAAAAGGCGAAAACCCGCUUACUGACUGGCAUCUGCCCUGCUAA